AUCAUGACAACCGGUUCGAACGACUUCUACUACUCUAACAAAUACGAGGAUGAUGAGUAUGAAUACCGACAUGUUCAUGUAACAAAGGAGGUGGCGAAACUCAUCCCCAAAAACCGCUUGAUGUCGGAAACCGAAUGGCGAAGUCUUGGAAUUCAGCAAUCGCCAGGAUGGGUUCAUUACAUGAUCCAUGGACCAGAACGACAUGUGCUUCUAUUUCGUCGUCCCUUACCGAAUAAAAAGAAUGCUGCGGCUAAUGCUGGCGGCCAGCAGGCACAGACCCAGGUUGGUGCUCUUCUUUCUCCAUCGUUCUUAAUACUGUGA